AUGGUGUUGAACCAGCCUGAGGCAGACCCUGAGGUGAGCUUGGACAAUCCAGCUGGGCGCUCGGGAUUGGCUGUGGGUUGGUGGCGCACAGUGGAGGUGGUGGCGGAUGCCUCGCUGGAGGCUGAUGGACAGCUGGAGAGUUGCAACGAAGGAGCAUCCAAGGCUCGCCAGGCUGAGGGUGAGCUCAGUGCAGAACUCUUGGAGGAGAUCAAAGCCACCUUUGACCUUUGCGACUCCGAUGCUUCGGGAGAGAUCCAUGCCAAGGAGUUGCGGAUGGUGAUGAGGAACCUGGGUUUUAAGCAUUCCAACGAGGAGGUGGACCUCAUGAUUGCGCAGGCCGAUGACAAUGGAAGCGGAACCAUUGACUUCGACCAGAAGAUGACUGAAAGGAAACCGCGUGUGGAGAAAGCCUUCGAGCAAUUUGAUCCUGAUGGCUUUGGUUUCAUCACCCUGCAGAAACUGAAGCGAGUGGCCAGGUGUCGGCUGCUGAUGUAG